AAAGUCUCUAUGCUUGUGACCGAGAAGAUAAGCAUUUUUCAAAAUAUCUUUGUAAGGAAAUGGAAAUAUCCAUAAUCCAUGGCCUCUUUUCUCCUCCAGUUCUCUCUAAUUCACAAUGUCUUUCUCUGCACCCACUCUUCCCAUAACCCUCACCGUAACUGUAAAUUCCACACUCUCUUUCACCACAACCCUUCCUUUUCUCAAGCCUCAUUUCCCCUCCUAUAAAUUCAAAUCCCUAGUUUCCCACUGCUCCAUUUCCGAUCGCGAAGAGCACCGCUGGCUCCGCGAAGAACAACGCUGGCUUCGCGAGGAGCAGCGCUGGAUUCGCGAGGAGAAUCGCUGGAGUCGCGAACGCGAUGAGCUUCUCAGAGAGAUUUCAGAACUUAAACUUCAAGUCCAAUCCCUAGAGCGUCGAAUUCUAUCUUCGCCUGCAUCUUCGUCUUCCACGUCUGACGCGGUUGCGAACGUUGCCUCGUUGUUGCAAGUGUUGAAGGAUAAGAAUUUGGUUCUCGAGAGUGGUUCUAGUCAGCGGAGGUUAGUGUUUGAUGAAGAGGCGGAGGAGAAGGAAUCUGAAGAGGUUGUUGAGGAUGUGAAGGAGAUUGUGGUUGUUGAGGAACCUGUUGUUAGGCUUAAAAAGAGGAUCAUUUUGCGAACAGGUUCCGAAGGAGAUGAGGUUCAAAAGUUGCAGGAAGCGUUGUUAAAAUUGGGAUUUUAUUCGGGUGAGGAGGACAUGGAAUUCUCCUGCUUCUCAAGUGGAACUGAGCGUGCUGUGAAGACUUGGCAGGCUUCAGUAGGUGUCACUGAGGAUGGCAUUAUGACAUCUGAACUUCUUGACAGGCUAGAUUUGGAGAUAAGGACUACGGACAUAGGCAAUGCAAAGGAAACCAAAAAAUCUACUACUGUUUUACCAAAGGAAGUUGAAAAUGGAGCUGCAGUUGCGUCUGUGACAGAAAUUUCUGAGGUUCAGCAAAACUUUGUGGGGAAAGUUGACGAAGAAACAGACGUAUCCCAUCCAAGAGUUUUCCUCCUUGGAGAAAAUCGGUGGGAAGAACCUUCAAGACUUUUAGCGAAGGGUGCUCUUGAUAAGAGCAAGAACAAAAAUGGAACAACAAAAUGCCUUCAAUGUAGUGGCUUAGGUAUCUUGUUGUGUACAGAAUGUGAUGGAACGGGUGAGCCAAAUAUUGAACCUCAAUUUAUGGAAUGGGUGGGUGAGGAUACAAAAUGCCCAUAUUGUGAAGGCCUAGGGCAUACAAUUUGUGAUUUAUGUGAAGGGAAAACGAUGGUGUAGGUAUCACAUACGUUUCUUCAUCAUUUCAUACAGGGUUCAGGUUUUGGAGCUUACAAGCUAAAGUGAAACUAUUGGGAAAUGAUUGUAGAUUGAAUGGUUCAUGUACUUUCCUCCAAAAUGAAUGUGGCCAUAGCUAAGCUUAUAUCAGUUUAUGUUUUGAAAAUAGCCUCACUUUUGGCAAACCCUGUUUUUAAGACAAGGGCUUGAAGGCUUGACAUGAUUGCUAAUCCUAUUCACCAAGAAUGAAAAGAUAAUCAUAAAAUAAAAGUUAUCUACUAGUUACAUUCAA